GUUAGGUCUUUCUGUUGUGUCAAAGAGACCACGUGAUUAUUGUGUCGCUCCUACUCCCGGAGAGUUAUUUUUUUGAUAAUAAUAUGAACCGCUUCAAAACUGAUAUACUGUAAUUGUUAUUCAUUUGAAAACAAUCUCUAGAAGUAUUAAGGUGUAAGAAUGAUUCCUAGAUUUGUAAAGAGCACAAUUUUUAUAAACAGACUCCAAGAUUCUGUACCUCUGAGACUGUCAAAUGCAUUUUAUUCAUCGAAGACUGUAAAAAGGAGAGGCGAGUCAAAAAUUGAACCAAUAAAAGCGCCAAGUGAAAUUAAAUUAGACGAACCUGAGCAUCCAAUUGAUAAAACAUUUAGAAUUUUAAAAAGGGAUAUAGUUAAUUUUAAGAAUCGAUGGUUUACCAUGAAACCAGAGCAUUCUCGUUUUCAUGAUCGAAAAAUGACUUGGACAAAGGAUGACAAUCCUUUCGAUUGUCCAAUUGAGUGUGAUAUCUUAAUAAUCGGAGGCGCCGCUAUGGGCUCUUCGAUUGCGCAUUUUCUCAAGAAAAGAGCUGGCGAAGGACUGAAAAUUGUUAUUGUCGAGAAAGACCUGACGUAUUCAAAGGCAUCGACUGUCCUGUCAUUGGGAGGAAUUCGACAGCAAUUUUCCCUUGAGGAGAAUAUUGAAAUGUCCCUUUUUGGCGCUGAAUUUAUUCGCAAUAUAAAUGAAAAUUUGUCAGUUGUUGGCGAGCCACCAGUUGACAUACAAUAUCGUCCAUAUGGCUAUUUAUUUUUAGCCUCGGAAAAGGGUGCUGAAGACAUGAUAGAGAAUGCAAAAUUACAACGUGAAUUGGGCGCAAAGAAUAUUCUUCUUAAACCGGAGAAAUUAAAGGAGAAAUUCCCAUGGAUGAAUACUGAUGGCAUUGCUCUGGGUUGUCUUGGAAUUGAAAAAGAAGGCUGGUUCGAUCCAUGGAGUUUUUUGUUUGCACUCAAAAGAAAGUGUCUCAGUCAAGAGAUCUAUUAUGUCGAGGGUGAAGUAGUUGGUUUUCUAUUUAAUAAAUUAUCUAACGUUCAAUUCGCUGAUCCAAAAGAAACAUCUGACGAAUUGGCUCAAAGUGUGGUCAUUCAAACUUCUGAUGGUAAACAGAGGUCAAUUCAAUAUUCUCAGUGCGUGAUUGCAGCUGGUCCAAAUAGUGGAGAAGUUGCUAGAUUAGCGAGAAUCGGAACUGGUAAAGGUGUCUUAUCCAUUCCUUUACCGGUGGAACCAAGAAAGAGAUUUGUCUACUGUUUCCAUAGUCCUGACGGUCCAGUAAUUAAUCUUCCAAUGACAAUCGAUCCAUCUGGAACAUAUUUCAGGCGAGAAGGUUUAGGAGGAAAUUACAUUUGUGGCCGAUGUCCAAGUGAAGAGCACGAGGAACCAAACGUUGAUGAUCUUGAAGUUGAUCAUGAAUUUUUCAAUGAUCAUGUGUGGCCAAUUCUUGCUAAACGAGUGAAAGGAUUCGAUAAUUUAAAGGUAAAAUCCUCGUGGGCCGGAUUUUAUGAAUACAAUCAUUUCGAUCAGAACGGAGUGGUUGGUCUUCAUCCCUAUUAUCCGAAUUUUUACUUUGCAACUGGAUUCAGUGGUCAUGGAAUUCAAAAAUCGCCAGCUGUUGGCCGAGCAAUUGCCGAAUUAAUUCUCGAUUCAGAAUACACUACAAUCGAUUUAACUCGUUUGUCCUUCGAAAGAUUCAUUACACUAGAACCGAUGAGAGAGAGAAAUGUUGUGUAAAAUCAAUGCAAUAGAUUAAUAUUUCAAUGAAAUAGUACUCAUUUCUAUGUAUUUUUUUUCUGUUUUUACAAAUUAAUUUUUUUUAAUGUAAAUAUUGUUAUUUAAUUAAAAAUUAUGAAAACAUUA